CACAAGCUCCAUGGCUCUCUCACUCACCCUUUACCAUACUGAUUGUAUGGUUGUGAAUCCAAACCAAAUCGAGAAGCCCAAAACCUCAAGCGUCACAAGCCUCUGCCGGUGACUCACAGCCACCUAAAGUCAAACCCAACUAAUUAUAUGCGACACAGUCCCUGUCCUUUAUCAAGGACACAUGUCACCUCCACAAAGCACCUUGACGGUUCAAAAAUACCCAGCACCAGAAUCACACAGACCAAAGCUCCUCUCGAACUACCUGGGUUUUGGAGAGAGAAAAACAAAGCACAAAUGCUCUGAUUCACCAACGUGUCUGUUUCAGUUGGCCUUUGCUCAUAUUUAGAGUGAAAAGUGGAAUGACAAGGUCAGUGGAGAAGGAGGAGGUUGUGUCCAUGGAGUUACCAGCUCCUUCGGGUUGGAUUAAGAAGUUUGUGCCCAAGCAAAGUGGAACUCCUAAGAAAAAUGAGAUCAUAUUUACGGCUCCAACUGGAGAGGAGAUCUCUAACAAAAGACAGCUGGAACAAUACCUGAAGGCACACCCUGGUGGCCCUGCAGCAUCAGAGUUUGAUUGGGGCACUGGUGAGACCCCAAGGAGAUCGGCUAGGAUUAGUGAGAAGGUCAAGGCAACUCCAUCCCCAGAAAGUGAUCCCCCGAAGAAGCGAAGCAAAAAAACAUCAGCUUCGAAGAAGGAUAGCAAAGAAAAGGAAGCUGUUCCUGAAGGAACUGAGGAGACAAAAGUUAAUGAUGUGCAAGAUGCUGAUAAAGCUCUGAAGGAUAACGACACUGAGAUGGAAAAGGCUGAUGUGAAGGAAAACCAAGAUGAGGAUAAAGUACAAGAUGCAGGAGAGGGCAAGGAAGCUACUGAAGAAACUAAAGUUGAGAAUGAACCCAAAAUACCUGAUGAAGGUGACAAGGGCAAGGAAACUACUGAAGUUGAUGAAGGAACCAAUGAUGGGAAGGAAGUUGAGGAAGUGACCGGGGAUCAGAGGAAAGCAGACAUAGCUACUGGACCUGAAGACAAAAUUGAAGGAGAAGGAGAGGAAAAAGAAAAACAUAAAGAAACUGAAACUAAGGAGAAAGAAGCAACACAAGGGAAGGAUGAGGAACAUAAGAGUUCAGGUGUUCAUGAGUCGGGCACGAAGAUUGAAGCAGAAGUGACUGAAAAUGGCAGCAACGGCAAUGAGGCUGUGAAGGUUUAGCUUUGAUGGCUUGCUAAAUCCGAUUUCUCUUCCGUCUUUCUGACCCCCUCCACAUUUCUCUGAAUAUCUUUAGUUUCAGUGUUGUUAAUUUUAGCUAUCUGAUUGUUCAUUGAAACACCCGACAAUAGAUCAUUAGAUUAGGCUGUACCAUGUACCAUCCUUCUUUGUGUAUUAGAGAGAUUACCAUCCUUCGUUGUGUAUUAGAUAAUAUGUAGUUGGCAGGGACCUCUGUAACAUUAUGUAAAAUACUGGUGAUGUAAUACUGUUAUGCAGUGAUAUUAAUAAGGUGGUUGACUCCACAAUCUCUUGAUUCUCUUGGGAUGU